AUGACAGCCUUUUGGACACCGCUUGUGGUGAUGUGCGGUGUCUUCGGCUCGCUAUCACCGCAACUGAUGUCCUCGCGGGUGGUGUCGGAGGAGGUGUCCGGGGGUGCGGUGAUGUCCGGCCACCUCGCACACCACGGCAAGUGUGAGCCCAUAACCAUCCCGCUCUGCAAAGACCUCAAAUACAAUGAGACAAUACUUCCCAAUAACUUGAACCACGCGAAGCAGGAGGACGCGGGUCUGGAGGUCCACCAGUUCUUCCCGCUCGUCAAAGUCCAGUGCAGUGUCGACCUCCAGAUGUUCCUGUGCUCUAUGUAUGCGCCCGUCUGCACCAUUCUCGACAAACCGCUGCUUCCGUGUCAGUCGCUCUGCCAGUCGGCGAAGAACGGGUGCGAACAUCUCAUGAAUAAGUUCGGCUUCAAAUGGCCGGAACCGCUCAACUGCGACAAGUUUCCCACCAAUGAGGACAAGAAGCGCGGCGUCCUGUGCUUCGGUCAGGACAGCGACCAGUCGGGCGACGGGCUGAACGGCUCGCCCUAUCGGCCGUUCGUGAAUACGGCGGCGACCAAGUCGUGGCCCAAGUCGCCGGCGAACGCCACCAUCAGUCGCGACCUCGGCUUCGUGUGUCCCGUCAACUUCCAGACGCCUCCCGGAAUGGAUUACGUGUUUCGCAUUCAGGGCAAAAGCCACAAGAACUGCGGCGCCCCUUGCGAUGGCAUACUCUUCGGCAAAGACGAGCGCCGUAUCAUUCGCUUGUGGACCGGCCUGUGGGCCAUCCUAUGCGUGGUGUCCACUCUGUUCACAGUCGCCACGUAUGUCAUUGACACCAAACGCUUCCAAUACCCCGAGAGGCCCAUCAUAUUCCUCAGCCUCUGCUACUUCUUCGUGGGCGUCGUCUACAUCUGCGGCUUCGCGUUGGGCGACUCCGUGGCCUGCAAUCAGCCCUUCCCGGCGCCCGACGGCCAGACGAAUGUGCAGAUGAUUCGCACCAUAACUCAGGGCAAUAAGAAGGAGAAGUGCACUCUUCUCUUCAUGACUCUCUACUUCUUCACCAUGUCUUCGGCCAUCUGGUGGGUUAUACUGACCAUCACGUGGUUCCUGAGCGCUGGGCUCAAGUGGUCGCACGAGGCCAUCGAAAACAACUCGCAUUACUUUCAUCUGAUGGCGUGGGCGGUGCCCGCCAUCAAGACGAUCACCGUUCUGGCGAUGAACAAAGUGGAGGGCGAUGUGUUGAGUGGCGUGUGUUUCGUGGGCCUCUGGAAUCAGUCCUAUUUGGCCGGCUUUGUGCUCAUCCCGCUCCUCAUAUACCUAACGGUGGGCGCCCUCUUCCUGACGGCCGGCUUUGUCUCGUUGUGGCGCAUCCGGACGCUCAUGAAAAUGGACGGCACCUUCAAAACGGAUAAACUCGAGAAACUGAUGCUCCGGAUCGGCUUCUUCUCGGUGCUAUACCUGUGCCCCGCGAUCCUCCUGUUGGCCACCUAUUACUACGAGCACAACAACAUCGACUCGUUUCUGCUCUCAUGGCUCACCGACGUGUGCCAUAAGCCGGAGUUCGGCAUCCCGUGCCCGCCGCCCAAAGUGGACCUCAAGCCCUCGAAACCCUAUUUAAGUGUAUUUCUCAUUAAGUACAUCACAUGCCUUAUGCCUGGCAUCACAUCCGGCUUCUGGAUCUGGUCGGAGAAGACGCUGAGUUCGUGGGCUCACGCCUUCCGACGGCUGUGUUGUCUGAACACCAGAACCGAGGCCUAUGUAUAG